CAAGUUUUUUGAUAUGAUUGAAAUUGCAGCAAUAUUAGUAUCUCUACUUUUAAUAGCGAUUUCAACUUAUUCAUGGAUAAAAGAAAAAAAUCAUAAAAAUAAGUACAAAGACUUUUACAGCCUGCCAACACCAAAACCCGUUUUACCAAUAAUUGGAAAUGGUCUCCUUUUUUAUAAAUUCAAUUACAAUAUAGUUAAAGUAUCUGAAUUUAUUAGUGAAACAGUUGGAAACCCUUGUGUUAUAUAUAUGCCAAACGAAACUUACUGCACUUCUUGCCCGGAGGAGUUGAAAAUUAUCCUGAACCAUCCUGAUUGUUUGGAAAAAGGAAGUUUUUACAAAGUUUUGAACACAACCUUUAAACAAACGUUACUUAUAGAAUCAGUUUCCAAAUGGAAAAAAAAUCGAAAACUUGUAUCUAAAGGGUUUAACCAAAAAGUACUCGACUCUUCCGUUGAAUCAUUUAACACAAUGGGUCCCAACUUAAUAGAAAAAUUAAAAAAGAACAACGAAGAUCUUGUUUAUUUAUUUCAGAAAUUUACCUUGGAUAAUUUUACUGAAAACUUUUUGAAUAUUAAUUUUAACUUUUUGGACGAAAAGGAAAGUGAAUUUGUUGAUAUGAUAACAAAUGGAGAAAAAACAAUGGCACGUAGAAUAGGAAACCUAAUAAAAAUGAACGAUUUUUGUUAUAAUUUCACAGGAGAUGGAAGAUAUCUUAAUAAAAUAAUGGCACAAGCCUUUGACUUUAUUCAAAAAAUCCUCACGAAUAAAAGACUAGAAUUAAAUGAAAAUUAUUUUUCUCAUGUUGAAACAAAAGAACUAAGAAGAGGUCAGUUGCUGCAAUUGUUGCUUUCUGAUAAAGACACUACUGAUGAGUACAUUCGAAAAGAAUUAGUUUUACUUGCAGGUGCUGCUACAGAUACAACAGCUUAUUCCAUGGCAUUUACAUGUGUUUUAUUGGGAAUGCAUCCGGACAUACAGAAAAAAGUUUAUGAAGAAGUAAUAAAUAUAGUUGGUAAAGACAAGGAGAUCGAACACAACAUUUUACCUUCAUUGAAAUACACAGAAAUGGCCAUAAACGAAUCUCUUAGAUUACUUCCUGUGAUACCUUAUACCGGCAGAAGAUCUGUAGCUGAUAUACAUUUAGGCAAGGACAUGCAUAAAAUUUAUCGCUUAUACUUUUUUGAUGUGUAAAAGUUUUAGGUACAAAAGUCAUCCCUGCCGGUACAGAUAUAGUGUGUUUUCUUUUUGGAACGCAUAGAAGUGAAAAAUGGUACCCAAACCCAAAAAAAUAUGAUCCCGAGAGAUUUUCGCCCGAGGAGGUUGCUAAAAGACCACAGUACGCUUUUCUCCCAUUUUCCGGAGGACCAAGAAAUUGCAUAGGAUGGAAGUACGCCAUGAUGAAUAUGAAAACAACCAUAGCUAAUAUUGUUAGACACUUCCAUAUAACCACCAAGUAUAAAUCCAUUGAUGAUAUGGAUUUUGAAUCAAGUAUUGCCAUGACGACUACACAUCCUGUGGACUGUCAUUUCAAAAUUAGGGAGCAAUAAUAUAUAAUUAUUAUUAUUACGUCUACAAAAUGUAAACAAUAUUCUUUUAUUAAAUUUAGACCCAUACGUAAGGUUCAUGAUGCACUGAAUUCGAAUUUAACCUUGAGUUGCUUCAACACGUCAGGUUUCAAUCCUAAUCCAAAAAUAGAAAAAACGCGUUUUGUAGAUACAUUGAAAAAGUAAAAUGUAUUUUAGAGAAAAGAGUUUUGCGAAGAAGGUAUAUCUUGUGGUGUAAUAUAAUCUCAA